CCAAGAGAGAACACAGUGGGAAUCACGAGUCUCUUUAUUUCAAAAUCAAAAAGCGCGGUGCGCGAGAGUACAGCGGGAAGAGUCAGUUAACAUAGUCUUAUGAGUCAUCCUGUAAGCUUAGUGUACAUAGGGCUUGCUCUUCUUCCUCUAAAGAGUUUAUGUUUGGUCGUCCUGCAAUAGAAAGAAAAUAGAAUGCAUUAGUAUAUCAUACAUAGCAAUUUCAACUCCGUUACAAUAUUGUUAACUGAAUGACGCGGAAUACACCAGUCAUUGACCUUGGCAGCUGUAUUAUUGUGCUUCGUUUCUUGUGUUCCGAGUUUUAGGCUGCAUAUUUCCCAUAUAUUCUGCUUGAAGUCCUCGUGUUUUUAGAGCUCAAAGAAAUCACUGCUUAUUGAAAUUCAUUAUGUGGAAGUCCCUGACUUUUUCACUAUCGUCUUUCAGUCUCGUUCGUUGCGCUUCAACUGCGACGGGAUCAGCUCCACGUAUGAAAACCUUUUCCAUUUACAGAUGGAACCCCGAUAAACGUGGCGAAAAACCCACCAUGCAAAACUAUCAAGUCGAUCUUAAUGAUUGUGGACCUAUGGUCUUGGAUGCUUUAAUCAAGAUAAAGAAUGAACAAGAUCCUACCCUGACAUUUCGACGUUCUUGCCGUGAGGGGAUAUGUGGUUCUUGUGCAAUGAAUAUAGAGGGUCGUAAUCACCUUGCCUGUAUAUGGGAGAUAGAUCCAGAUAUCAACAAGACAACUAAAAUAUAUCCAUUGCCUCAUAUGUAUGUAAUUAAGGAUCUAAUUCCAGAUAUGAAUAAUUUUUAUGCUCAGUACCGUUUUAUUGAGCCUUAUUUAAAGAAAAAGAAUGUGGAUGAAGAAGAUAUUGGAAAGAAGACUUAUUAUCAGUCAGUAGAAGACAGAGCAAAGCUAGAUGGGCUUUAUGAAUGCAUUCUGUGUGCUUGUUGUUCUACUUCAUGUCCAUCUUAUUGGUGGAAUGGUGAUAAGUAUUUGGGUCCCGCUGUUCUGCUUCAGGCUUACAGAUGGUUAGUCGAUUCACGUGAUGAUUAUACGUAUGAACGUUUGGCUGAGUUCCAAAACAAGUGGUCACUUUAUCGAUGUCAUACUAUUAUGAAUUGCACAGAAACAUGCCCAAAAUUCCACUUUAAAAAGUGGCUGAACGUUUUCUUAAAACGGUUACGUUUUUGUGAAGACUGAUUUCACAUAUCAUCGCUCCUCAUAUUCACAAUUUUAUAAUGUUGACGUUGCAAUUUCAUGUUGUGUGCAUGUUUUAUAAUACUUGAACUAAUGUUCAACAACAGAUUAAUUCAGCCGUGAGUAACUUAUUAUGUUUUUUGUAAUCGAUAGUAAAAGAUCCUUCCCCAAGAACGACGAUAUUAGCAAAAUCUUACUUUUCCUUCACCUUAUAUCAGACAAUUGAUUUAUACAAUUUCGAAAAUAACUUUGUAGUAUUUCGAUCUUUUUACUCAGAUGACUUUUAUUAAAGUCUUCAUUGUCAUUUUGGAGCCAAUUCACUUAGGCAAUAAUGUAUUAUUAGCUUGCAAUUGUUCGUUCAUAUAUCACUCGGCAAAUUUUGACGCUAGUAUCUUUUAGGUUAGCUAUACUUAAAGCGGUAAGCGAUCGCUGGAGAUGCAGUGUCACGAAUAGUACAGUAUGAUCCGUGUACGUCAAUAGCGUCUGUCAGUAACAAGACUGACACACUAUAUCGCUACGGGGAUAGCGAUAUUAGCAUAUGAAGGACAAGUUCCGUAUGUCUUGACAUGAUCAACUAGCUUGUGAGGACACUGCGAGUCGAAAAACAAAAUUUCGGCAAUCGAUUCUUGAUACGUACACUGAAGACCAUGACAUUUAAAAUAACAAGGAUCAUGACUGGUAACUGAAACUCACUGACUUUGCAGGUUGUGACCAAUAAGUUGUAUAUGUUUCUUAUACAUUCAUAGAUACGUAUUAUCAGUUUGUACGUACGUAUGUGUGCUGUCUGGUAGCUUGUUUCGUAGUCACUACACUUAUUUUACAGUAAACGUUAAUCUUAAAAAUAUGACUAACCACAUAACUUCCUUCUGAUACUAAUGCUCCUAGGCUGUUUGUAAAUAUAUGUUAAUUUAUAUUCGUAUACGUUUCAUGUAAACUUUUUUAGGGAUUGAAUCCUGGUUUGGCUAUUGGAGAGAUUAAGAAAAUGCUAAUCUAUUUCAAUCAGUAUAAACACAAGAAACCGGAGACGAGAACUGUUUAGACCAUAUGAUCACAUUAAUCACGUAUUUUCUCGAAUUCGGCUAACUUACUAUUUCUAGUGAACCCUCACUAAUUUUUUUUCAAUUUCUAAUUUAACUUACAAAUACAAAUUUGUUUUUUUGUUGUCGAAACUUUAAAGUGAAGUAACUUAAUAUUUCAUCUUUAAAAAUUGUAAUAACUUCAUAUAAUAUAUAAUAUCGACUGUCAGUGGGAAGAUAACUUAGGAUUUCAAGUUAGAAGAUAUAACGCUUACUGUUUGUUGCAGGUUCGUUCACUUGACAGUUUUUUCUAACAUUAUUAACCUUGAACAUAAAAGGCAAUAUCUAACCUCAGAAUCUCCUAAAUCAACUUAACCGUUGCUACAAAUAUGCUACAUCGCUAUCAAUCAUAAUUACAUUGGUUUUAUAUGAA